AUGAGCGUCGCUGUCAUAAACCCUCCCGAUGAUCCGGCGAAUGUCGUGCAGUCGCUUGUGAACACACUCUUGGAUGUCUUUGAUGCCACGAGGGAUCUCUACGGGACGCUCACGGCUAAAGAGCAAAGAGACUAUGAACAAAACCUGCGCAGCAAAGGAUACCCUGCUUCAAGACGGAUCGAGUAUGUGAAGGAUGACCGACUGGGUAGCGAUGAGGCUAUCGUGACGGACAAAGCUGUGGUCAUGAGGCAGAUGGAUAUCGGAUGUGAAACUCUGGGGGCCGAGUUCGCCAUGGGCGAUGUGCUCGCAUGGCGAGAUAACGUCGAGCCAGAGCAAUCCGUCACCGAUGCCACCUCCGUAACCGGACCCACGAUGAUCUCAGCCUCUAACAACCUAUACUGCGUAUACGCAUACGACCUCCAACGGAACCCAACCCAACAACUUGCCACCAGCAUAAUAUCAGACCGGGACCCCUACUGUCCACACUGCAGAGGUGAACUCCACCUCUCACCAGGAAAAGCAUGGGAAAUCUCCAAAUGGGCCGACGACACAGAACGUACCUUCCAAGUUCAGAACCGCUUCGUCGUCAAGUGUCAUCGUGAUGGUCCCGACGGCCAAUAUUGCUGCGUGAUUUGCUCCAAGUACGCGGACUCGGAUACCAUCUGCGGCGACGUCAAGGCUCUUAUCAAGCAUCUCUCGGAUGAUCACGAUACCCGGCAGCUCAAGCAUGAGGAGGAUAUUGUGGAGGUGAUCGAGCAGCCGGGUAGUCGGAGGGACAGCGGCAUUGGAUAUUCUACUUCGGUGAGAAGUAAGGGGAGUCGGAGGAGUGCUAGUCUCGCUGAGGGCGGACGGAGACGAAAGAGUCUGUCUGGGUAUGACCGAGAGGCAGACUCAUUUGAUGGCAGGUUCUCGAGGAGGUAG